CUAAACCUUCGCAGAGCAGCGCCGGCUGCGCUUGCGCAGUGAGAUUGCGUAUGAUGAGCACGCAAAUUUUUUUUUUUUCCUUGUAUAAAUGUGAAAAGCUAGGGAUUCUCACGCCGAUAGGUAUUUGUGUUUUUUUCUGUGCGUGCGAGCACUGGAGGUAGGGUAGAGGUAGUCUUGGCAUCACAUGGGCAUCACUGGUUGUAGGGUGGUGUGAAGCGAUGUUUCAGCGUCUUUGGGGCAAGCAAAGCACGUCAGCCACCACGUCGGCUGCGUCAAGCUUCAUCGAGCAAACAUUGGAAAGUAGUCCCGUUGUCAUAUUUUCGAAGAGUCGUUGCCCAUACUGCAGAAAAGCAAAGCAAGUAUUUGAUGAUCUCAAGGUAUCUUAUCAUGCUGUUGAGCUUGACGGUAGGACAGAUGGCAGUGAAAUACAGAAAGUUUUGCUGCAAAUGACUGGUGCCAGCACGGUCCCAAGGGUGUUCGUGAACAAGCAGUGUCUGGGUGGUUGCAGUGACUUGGAAGAAAUGUAUGAGAAGAACAAGCUACAAACACUACUCAAGUCAUGUGGAUUACUGCAGUGAAACUUAACUUAAGGAUGCCAGGGUAUGGAUGUUUUUUUUUGCUCAAUAUUUAAACAUAUAUGUAAUGAAAACUUUGAAUAAAGCCAACACCGAUGUG